UAUGGCCAAACGGGUUCCAAGCAGAGGUCUUAACUUUUUCUCAACCCAUAACCUUGAGCAGUUCUUUUUUCUUAGCUGUCUUUUGGUUUAAUAAAGAAACCUUCAUCAACCAUAACCCCUGCAUAAAACUCAAUAUGUUCCUUCUCCCUCCUUUCUAGAACUAUACUAACAAGAGGAGUUUUUAUCCACGUUCUGCUCACACUCUUUUUUUUUUGGCAGUUUCAUAUCAGAAAGUGGUGGUUUUCAGGCUAUUUGAGUAGGUUUUUGGGUUCCCACCCACGUUCUAUAAUAUCCCUAUUUUGAUUCUUAUACCCUUUUUUUCUUGAUAAAAAUCAAUUCUUUUCUCCUGGGCUUCUCUUCUUUCCCUCUCUAAUUCUUUGCUAGAAUAUUCAAGAUUCUGAAUACCCAUUUUCAAAGAUGUUGAAAGUUGGGAUAUUUGUGGUUUGUUUAUUGUAUUUGAGUGAGGUGGAAGGGCUAGGAGUGAACUGGGGAACAAUGGCGAUGCACAAGUUGCCACCAAAAACAGUGGUGCAGCUGCUGAAGGACAAUGGUAUUGGGAAGGUGAAGCUGUUUGAUGCAGAUCAAUCAACCAUGAGUGCUCUUGCUGGUACUGAUAUUGAAGUUAUGGUUGCCAUUCCCAAUGAUCAGCUUUCUGCUAUGAAUGAUUAUGAUCGAGCUAAAGAUUGGGUCAGACGCAAUGUCACCCGCUACAAUUUCAAAGGAGGUGUCAAUAUCAAGUAUGUUGCAGUUGGUAAUGAGCCUUUCUUGACAUCGUACAACAACUCCUUUAUUAACACGACCUUCCCAGCACUUCAGAACAUCCAAAAUGCUUUAAAUGAAGCAGGACUUGGGAACUCCAUAAAAGCAACUGUACCUCUAAAUGCCGAUGUUUAUUUCUCUCCAGAGAGCAAUCCCGUGCCCUCUGCUGGGAGAUUCCGACAGGACAUUAAUGAUCUAAUGACCCAGAUGGUGCAGUUCAUGAACCAGAACAACGCACCUUUCACAGUAAACAUUUACCCCUUUCUGAGUCUUUAUGCUAAUGAGCAUUUCCCUGUUGACUUUGCCUUUUUUGAUGGAGCCAGUAACCCCAUUCUUGAUAAAGGAGUCACAUACACCAAUGUAUUUGAUGCCAACUUUGAUACCCUAGUUUCAGCUUUGAGGGCAGCAGGUGUUGGCAACAUGACCAUUCUUGUUGGGGAAGUUGGGUGGCCCACGGAUGGUGACAAAAAUGCCAAUGUCAAUCUUGCUUAUCGGUUCUAUAAGGGGCUGUUAUCCAGGCUUGCAGCCAACACGGGAACGCCUCUUCGGCCUGGAUAUAUUGAAGUUUACUUGUUUGGGCUUAUCGACGAGGAUGGUAAAAGUAUUGCUCCUGGUAACUUUGAGCGCCACUGGGGAAUCUUCCGGUAUGAUGGACAGCCAAAGUUUGCCAUGGACCUUACAGGUCAGGGACAAGAUAAGUUUCUCGUAGGUGCACAAAAUGUGGAAUAUUUACCUAAGAAAUGGUGCAUGCUUAAUCCGGAUGCCAAGGAUUUGAGCAAACUUGCAGAUAACAUCAACUAUGCUUGCACAUUCUCAGAUUGCACAGCAUUAGGAUAUGGUUCUUCGUGCAAUGGUUUGGACGCAAAUGGUAAUGCAUCAUAUGCAUUUAAUAUGUAUUACCAAGCUCAGAACCAAGGAGAUUUCAGUUGUGGCUUUCAGGGUCUGGCAAUGGUAACGGAUCAGAAUAUAUCUCAAGCAAACUGUAAUUUCACCAUCCAGAUAGCUUAUUCUUUCUCUCCAAAAGUAUUACCAGGCCCAGGGGUCAUCGCAUUUCUUACUGCCUUCACAUUUAUUUUACUAUAGAUAGAUUAUAUUUGUGUAGAUUAUUUAUUUGCGACAGUGAUUGUAUUCGACAUUUCUGGGUACUAGCUGAUGCUUUAAUAAAAGUUCAGAUUAUCUUUAUUUAAAAGUUAAAAA